CAUGUUCUAUUCUGUGAAGGUUUCGGGUGUUUCCUUGUCAAUGUUGAGUCAGCUGUAAACCUGACACAGGCAUGACUGACCUACAGAGCGGUACGUGUUGGUAUAUAAAUAACGUGUGUGAAUACGGGUAUACAUAAAUACAACAAACACUGAGGGUGAACAAACAGAUUUCCAUUUUUUUCUGAGAUAGAGAAAAAGUUUAUAACGACAAUACACAAGAUGGCAACGAUUGUUCCAUUUUCGGGAAGUAACACCAACAAGGCGGUGUUGUCCCGGUAUUUAGAUAUCCCUCAGCCAGAUGAUACCGUCCAGGUGGAGUAUAUUUGGAUCGACGGGACUGGGGCCGGCCUCAGGAGCAAGUGUAAAACAAUGGAAUUUGAACCCAUAAGCCCGAAAGAAUGUUCGGUGUGGAACUUUGACGGGUCCAGUACCGGUCAGUCUGAGGGGUCAAACUCGGACAUGUACCUGCACCCCGUGGCCCUGUUCCCAGAUCCGUUCAGGAGGGGCCGAAAUAAGCUCUGUUUAUGUGACGUGUAUAAAUACAAUAACAAGCCAGCAGAGACGAAUCACCGCCACACAUGUUAUGAUGCCAUGGAGAGGUCGAAGUCUCACAAGCCCUGGUUCGGUAUAGAACAAGAGUAUAUCUUGUUUGAUAAUGACGGUCAUCCCUAUGGCUGGCCGAAAAAUGGCUUCCCCGGACCCCAGGGACCUUACUAUUGUGGAGUGGGAGCAAACAAAGUCUAUGGCAGAGAUAUCGUAGAGGCCCAUUACCGCGCAUGUCUGUAUGCCGGUAUCAAAAUCGCCGGAUGUAAUGCUGAGGUCAUGCCUGCGCAGUGGGAGUACCAGGUAGGGCCGUGCGAAGGGAUAGAGAUGGGAGACCAUCUAUGGAUCGCACGUUACAUUAUGGACCGCGUAGCUGAAGACUUUGGUGUCAUCGUAACUCUUGACCCUAAACCUAUUUCUGGAAACUGGAACGGGUCCGGUGCCCAUUGUAACUACAGCACGCUGGCUAUGAGAGAGAACGAUGGACUCCGACAUAUAGAGGAAGCGAUCACAAAGCUAGAAAAGAGACACGCAACCCACAUCAAAGGCUACGAUCCUAAAGGCGGUGCCGACAACUCCCGAAGAUUAACGGGACUCCACGAAACAGCGCAUAUUAAUGACUUCUCGGCAGGUGUCGCCAAUAGAGGUGCUAGUAUCAGGAUACCCCGCCAGGUGGCAGCAGACAAACAGGGGUAUCUGGAAGAUCGGCGGCCAUCGUCAAACUGUGAUCCCUACCGGGUAACCGAACUCAUGGUAAGGACCACGAUUCUAGGUGAAGCAGACACUAUUUGUGAAUGGGGAAAAGGUGCUGAAGUUUCACAGAAAGCAUAAAUGGAGACUAUAGUCACUGUGGAAAUCUUUCUGGACAAUAACACUGAGGACAUUUGUUUGGACGAUAAUAUCGAGGAUAUUUCACCUAUCAUAAAGAAAUGUUCUUUAUUUGUAGUCAUGUAAUAUGAUGAGUUUGUUAUUACAAACACUUGUUUGAAAUCAAAAACAAAACUGUCAAGGGAAUACAGUAGGGGAUAUACAUAUUAUUUAUUGUAUUUAGCUGACCUCUAUUUUUUAUAGAUUUAACGUUUACAACAACUUUUACCUGCGAUAAUACAGGUAAUUUAUAUAGCGAUGUUAUGAUUAGUUCAUGUAUAAGUAUAUUGGCAACACGUGGCUGAUAUGUACGUCUACGUGAUAUACAGUCAAACCUGUCCGAGAGAAAACUUAUUAAGGGGACACCUUGGUUAACCAAGGUAUAGACUUCCCAGGUGUGAUCUCCAAGUCUGGUUCUACAGUCUAACUAAACUGUAUGCUGAUGCACCUUAUAUACUAAUAUUAGUAUAUGCAUGUAUUGUCUUAAAACAAAGCAUUAACUUAUUUACAUAAUACAGAAGCUCGAAAAAUGCAGUCCCCACUACUUUCGCCAAUUCAGGAAGAGCAAGUUUGUAGAAUGGACGUAAGCGCUCGGGGACUUUAAUUUCCGAACCUUUGUUUAUUUAAUAUUUCACACACAAACACAAUUUUUACUUAUUCAUAAAACAUCGUUUACAUGUAAUUGUAUACACCAUACGGAGCCAGAAUCUCAUUGUGUCUCUGUCAUAAUCUGUAGCAUAACCAUUUUAGUAUAUAUUGCACUUCAAAUAGCUAUAGGAAUGAAACAGACGAGGAAACACAUACUGCAUGUGUUAUACAAACAAUGCAAUUUUUUUGCCAUAAAGCAAACUAUUUCAUACAAUGAAACGCCACGGUUGUUCUAUAUUAUGUGUCAAUCGGUGUCUUUUGGGAACAAUAUUUAUUUGAUACGCCCGUCUAUAACCGGACAUACUAAGGUAUGACGCUGUCAGCCCGUCUAUAACCGGACAUAUUAAGAUACAUUAUGGUAUGACGUUGUCAGCCCGUCUGUGACCGGACAUAUUAUGGUAUGACGUUGUCAGCCCGUCUGUGACCGGACAUAUUAAGGUAUGACGCUGUCAGCCCGUCUAUGACCAGACAUUUAAGGUAUGACGCUGUCAGCCCGUCUAUGACCAGACAUAUAAGGUAUGACGUUGUCAGGCUGGAUGACGACAGUAUUUUGUUCGUACCGUAACCCUCAAUGUCACCUACGUAACAUAUUUUACUAGUGUAUGCUGGCACAGGGACCUGAUAAUUUGGUACAGCUAUAUUUAGACCUAAAUUAUGUUGUUCAGAGUAAUUGUACAUGUUUUAGGGGUUUAGAUCGACUUUUUGGUAAAAUUGCCACCCUAAUACUCGUAUAUAUAAGCAUUGAGAGUACACAUUCUCAGGUGCCUGUGUUUCUUGGUACUAUAGAAAGGAGCCCUCGACGUAACUGUAUGGCCAGUAAAGUACAGUUGUGGUUAAUUUAAUUUUCCCGUGUAUGAUACAAAUGUAUUUUUGUUCUUGUUUACAUUUUAAUAUUUGGAUAUAUUUUGUUAUAAGAAUAUAUAUCGGAGUUACACAUGAGUAGAGAUGAAUGUGCAACUGUUGGGUGUCCUUCUUGUUUUUAUUUUCGGAAUACACUCUAUGUUUCAUUUAGCCUUUAGCUAAAAUUGUAUUUUACCCUCAAUAAAUAAUACCUAUUAUUAUGUU